UCUCCAUCAGCGGUUAUCGUCGACAGUUAUGGAAAUAUUUAUGUUGCUGACACAGCAAACAACCGUAUUCAACAAUGGAGUCCAGGAGACACAAAUGGUAUUAUUUUACUGGGCACGCAAUGGGUUGGCAGUGAUGGUUUAUCAUUCAACUCCCCUGUUAGCUUAAAGUUUGAUUUGUUUGGAAAUUUAUAUGUUGCUGACAAAGGAAAUAAUCGGAUACAAAUGUUCGCUAUUGAUAAUACCGCAUGUACUAUCAACACAAACUCAACGAUAACUUCGACGUUAACAACAUUAGCCACCGAUAUGUCAACAACAAUAGUGAUAGGUUCUACCAAUGCAUCAAUUGUAUCAACAUGCGUUUCAUCGACAUGUGGUUUGAAUCGUACUUUAUGCUCAACAAAUAUUGAUUGUGACUGUUUAUCAAUGACAAAUGGUGGCGGUACAAUUUGUGCUGAUAUAUCACUACCAUGUAGAAAUCUGACAAGUUGUAAUAUAGAUAAUGUUACGUGCUCUAUACCAAAUACACUGUGUGUAAAUAAUACGCGAUGUAAUCAACCAGUUUGUUAUCCGUUAGCAUUGGCCAGUCAACAAGUAUGUCCAUCGAUAACAUCAGGUAUGAAUAUACACAUUAAGAUAUCUGUCAGCGUAUCAUAAUGCUCAUAUAUGGUAGUAGAUUUUGGAGCUAUUUGAAAUCGAAAUAGUCUGAACGUAGGAGAAAUUAUGUGAUAUAUACGUGUCAGGUCAAAACGUCAGAAAGAUAUGCAAAUAUGAUAGACACUGGGCGUCUCUAUCUCUGGUCAGCAUAAUCUACUAUCAUAUAACAAGCGGCUGGACUUUGCUUGAAGGUAAACUGAUAUUAAUACAUCGAUAGAGUCUAAACUAUAAACCGAACACAUAUACAUUACAGAACGAAUGAAACAGUGAUUAUCGCAAAACAGAAGGCUUGGUUCAUAAAGAUACCUGUUGACCACAAUUUGUUGUGAAUCGGUAGAAGGGAAAGUGCUUAAACAAAAUCUGUCAUUUGUUACGGUAUUACAUGGCAGAUAUCUAUUUUAGUAUAAUAUUAGGAAUUUUCUAAAGUUAACUUGCUCAGAAAAAGCCUUGUGAGCCGUUUCAUUCUCAAUGCUUGAGGUUUAUCAAUGUUAAAGAAAACCAGAUAUGUAUCAGUGAUAAUCAAAUAAAAAAACGAACAGUAUAUAGACACUGCCUAUGUAUAUAUACUAAGUGCCUACUAAUCCUAUGUGUUAAUUGUGCUAUAACACAGGAGCCCGGCUGACUUAGGGGCCCAAUCGGACGGCUUAAGCGUUGCAUUUUUUUAUUAUUAAAAAAAAUACAAAUUGAUGUGUUGAAAACUACGGAAGUUACAUUUUUGUAGAAAAAAAAUUUUAAAAGUAAAUGUACAAAUAAUUAAAAUUAUAAUAAGAUCCUCUCAGAUAUUAGUGUGGAUAUGUAGAAGAAGCCACGGUAUAUGAAGAAUAUGAUAACGCACGCGCAUCGAUGUAAAAAAUUAUUGCAUCUACUUACGAGUACACGUUAUUACAUUAAAAAGGGUUUUUUUAAAUUCUUGCGAAAACGAGGAGCCCCACGUUAAUGAUUAGCACAGGGAUCACAAAUUUCUUAAAACGGCUCGGUAUAUACUGCCUAUUACGCAGUAUAUAUACAUAGAGUCAUAUGAGACGUCCAAAGAAACCAUUAAACGGACAGAGGGUUGAGAUUAUUAGAAGAUUUGAGCGGAAAGCAGAACAAGGAAUUCACUAUGUAUUGUCCAUCCAAAAAAAGAAUGGUAUAUGACUGUUUUUUGAAUAACUUUUGAUAGAAAAAAGCUAAAGAGCUCCAAUUUUCACCAUUCGAAAAAGGAGACUUGGGACAUGUUUUCAUAAUCAAAAUUUUUCCCAGAACAGCUUUCUGGAACAGGUUUUCCAGGGGAUCUUUGGAAAAUUAGCUCGCGUGUAAAAAUUUUCCAAUAGGAUUGUAUUGAUUUGUUUUCACAGACUGAUAGCCCAGGGUGUCCUUUUUCAGAUUGAGAGUCAAGUGAGACCUUGAUUUUCCACGCUUUGGGCGUUGUAUCGAAUUUCCUACGAAUCCCAGGACUGGCACCCGGUGACGAUUGGUAGCCUUCAAGACGGAUGAACUAUGCGUAAUCGACCACGCUGCAUCUCGUGGCAAUAUUUGUUUUUAGAAAAGUUUUAAAAUUCUACCGAAAAGCGAGUUUUACGAAAAUUUGUGUUUUCAGGCUGUUUUCACCUAAUAUUAAAAAAUUCGCUAAUCUAGCUAUCAGUCUGUGAAAACAAAUCAAUACAAUCCUAUUGGAAAAUUUUUACACGCGAGCUAAUUUUCCAAAGAUGCCCUGGAAAACCUGUUCCAGAAAGCUGUUCUGGGAAAAAUUUUGAUUAUGAAAACAUGUCCCCAAAUCGUUCACCGCACACUUCUGGAAAUUCGAAGUAAAAUUUCAUCCACUAAGAAAAUUGGUCUUAUUUUUCGUGUCUUAUCAGGUUUUGUAGCGCUAUGAUUGGGCAUUGUAAACACGCAAAAAAUAAAAUUUUCAAGUGAUCGGCUGCGUUCGAAAUCGACAUUUUCUAACAUUCUUUGUCGACGCGAAUUUUUAACUACUAAUGAAUGAUUUCAUCCAACGUUGAAGUUAGCAGAAACCGUCUAUUUAUAUGCAAUUAAAGCUUAUUGAGCCCUCUACAAAAGCGUAUCAUAUAAAACAGAAUACAGUUUGUGUAUUAGGCAUUAUGUGAAAAACAUCAUUGGGCGUUGCAGGCGGAAAAUCAAGUUUUCAAUAAAAACUGUUUCCCCUGAAGCCUGUAGAUUUGUAACUUGAAUAUUUUGAUAUGAUAAGAAAGUCCGCGUUGCAUUUGUCAAACUCAAAUAUAACGUGCCUCAAAACAUCGAAAAUCGAGUGCAAACCAAAUCAAACAAGUGCACUUCUCAUCACUAAUUUUGGAUGAAGUUAUGAAGCACUUUUCCAGUUAAACAUGUUCUUAGAACUUUACAGUCCUAGAUACUUACAGGUAAUGACCAUCCAAAAAACAUGUUCAAGAAGAAAUUUCGAGGAAUAAAACCUAGGUGAUCAUACACGGAAGCGAGCUUAUCACAAAAUUACCAAAAAUGCAUAGUUUUUGUUUUUGUAUUAUGCAUUACUCUCAUUGACACUUGUUGACCAUUUAAAACUAUCUACAUUUGCGUGAUCAGUUUCAUAUUGGGGCAAGUUUGCUAAACGAUAUUGGUGACAGAGAAUAUUUUGAUCAAAAUAUUCAAACUCUUUGGAGUAACCUGUAAGAAGAGGUAAGAAAACCUUUUUUAGGCAAAGUCCAAAAAAUCCCAAACCGAUAAACAGCUUGCUCAAGUAUUCUGGUUGCUUUGUAACCAAAUAAUUCCAGAAGAUAGCAGGAUGAUAACACUCUUUAUUACCACCAGUUCUUUUUUAAAUAAAUUUUAUAUCUUUUUUGUCAAUUUGUAGUGUCUCAAUCAACUACUCCUGCCACAAUACCAAAUUGCAAAACUCCGGGUACGGUACGAAAGAAAUUCAAUCAUGCAUCUGUUCAAAGUGAAGUUCUUCUGACUACUCUCAUUGUUCUAGACUAGAGAAAUUAUAGAUAAAUUUGAAAGACAAUCUGAUUUUUAUGGCAGAUGUAGUGUGCAGUUUGCGUAAAUCAUCGGAAGUUGCAUAAAUGUAACGGAUCGAUUUAAUUUUAGAAAACGUUUACGAAUAGGCUUGCGGACUAAAUGUAAAGUUGAUUGUUUUUAUCCCAUGUCUAACAAGGAGGUACCUCCUUAGUGUCAACCCUUAAACUAGAUUCGUGUUUUGUUGAUUUGACCACGCCGAUCACGUAUCUGAACACCGUAGCGGCCACGAUUAUGUUGCUCAAAAGUUAUAGGUCUUUUAAUUUUUUCAUGGAUGAAAAUUACGCUUAGAGAAUAUAAUUAACGUUUUACCGAAAGGCUGAUAAAAGCCGAACAACAGAUCAUUUUGUAGAAAAAAAUUUAAACUAACAAACAAUAUAUAAUCUAAGUUUAAUCAAUAAGUGAUUAGAGAGAUGAAAGACACGUAGAAAACCGCUCUUUUAAAAUGCUUUUGGACUCCGACUACUUCCGUCUUGUAGACCCUAGUGAGUAGUGAAUAUCCUAAGUUGAUGCAUCCCAUCAGUGCCUUUGAAUGGAGUUAUGACUAUUUCAAGUUUUGAUAAAAAAAACACGAUUUUGCCCCUGAAUCUUUGAUUUCUCAGUCAAACAACGUUCGAUAAACAUGAUUUCCUAAAAGUUUGAGCUCUACUGCUCAAUGACUUUCACAAUUUUCGAAAAUUAUGAAAAUUCUUCCAAAUUUGGUGUUAUUGGCAUAUAAGUUUGCUCCGAAAUGGAAGCGUUUAUAUAGCUGAUAUUUAGAGCAUCUAAAGAGACAAUCAUCAACUACAUAUAGUAAAAGUUGAAGGUCAUUUCAACACUCCUAGAUGUAGGUGUGCAAUUUUCACUACCAUUAAUAUGUGUUUAUUCUUUCUAUGAGCAAUAUGAUUUAUUUGAAAUAUGACCUGCACGAUGAGAGAAUGAAGAUAGGGAAGAAAGACGUAUCUGCAUGCCUAUAGUUCUUCUUAGCAGCGCGUGGAAGGAAAAGCUCAUUUUUUAGACGUUAUUUGACGAGAAUGAGUGCUGCGAGUAGAAUUACGCAGCUUUUGAUCGAUAAAAUGUCUCAACAACUACUCAUAUUCUUGUGCACCACGGUGGUUUAUGAAGAGGGAGUGGCCACUCAUUUAUUUGAAGUGCCU